AUGAACAAGCCCAGAGGCACUUGUGAACAAGAAUACUCAGGUCGCAUUUCUUCAAAUGCGCAGUUCAAGAUCACCACAACAACAGUUGAACUGCAGCCCGACAGCACUGCACUAUUCACUAUGAAUGACCAACCUGCUGAGCGUCAUCGAGACGAGAGCAAGCCAUGUGCACUUGCAUGCAUGUCGAAAGCCAGCCUCGAAUGCCACAUGUUUGCACACUCUCACAAUGAGUCUGAAAAGUCUCCCACUGCUCCUCCAACGGGUGUUCAGAUGGGAGAGAAGAGUUCUGGGUGCAACAUCUAUUCCUCUGCAUUCUCGUGGUCUGCAGGUGACGAGAACCACAUGGUGAAGCAUACUGACAAGAGGCCAUACAAGACCGAUGUCUGCCCUGCCGAGUUCAGCCUGAGCGGGAACCUACAGCAGCACAAGCAAACAGAUUCAUGCAAGAAACCAUACAAGUGCGAUGUCUGCCCUGCGGAGUUCAGCCGGAGUUCUCACCUGCAGCGUCACAAGCUGACACACACGGGCGAGAAGCCAUACAAGUGCGACCUCUGUCCUGCAGAGUUCAGCCAGAGGGGGACCCUACAGCGUCACAAGUGGACACACACGGGUGAGAAGCCAUACAAGUGCGAUGUCUGCCCUGCGGAGUUCAGACAGGGUGGGCACCUACAGCAGCACAGGCGGACACACACCUGCGAGAAGCCAUACAAGUGCAACCUCUGUCCUGCAGAGUUGAAACAGAGCGCAAACCUGUCACAUCACAAGCGAACACACAUCGGCAAGAAGCCAUACAAAUGCGAUCUCUGUCCUGCAGCAUUUAGCCAGAGGAGGUACUUACAGCGUCACAAGCGGACGCACACGGGCGAGAAGGCGUACAAGUGCGAUCUCUGUCCUGCAGCGUUCAGCCAGAGGAGGUACUUACAGUGUCACAAGCGGACGCACACGGGCGAGAAGGCGUACAAGUGCAGUCUCUGUCCUGCGGGGUUCAGACAGAGCGCAGCCCUGUCACGUCACAAGCGAGCACACGCAAGUGAGAAGCCAUACAAGUGCAAUGUCUGCCCUGCAGAGUUCAAUCAGGGCGGAUACCUACGGCAGCACAAGCGAACACACACAGGUGAGAAGCCAUACAAGUGCGAUGUCUGCCAUGCAGAGUUCAGCCUGAGUGGGAACCUACGGCGUCACAAGCGGACACACACGGGCGAAAAGCCAUACAAGUGCGAUGUCUGCCAUGCAGAGUUCAGCCUGAGUGGGAACCUACGGCGUCACAAGCGAACACACACGGGUGAGAAGCCAUACAAGUGCGAUGUCUGCUCUGCGGAGUUUAGCCGAGAGUUCAGCCAGAGCGGGACCCUGCAGCAGCACAAGCGGACACACACGGGCGAGAAGCCAUACAAGUGCGAUCUUUGUCCUGCGGAGUUCAGCAGGGGCGUGGACCUACAGCAGCACAUGCGGACACACACGGGCGAGAAGCCAUACAAGUGCGGUCUCUGUCCUGCAGUGUUCAGACAGCAUGUAACCUUGUCACGUCACAAGCGAACACACACGGGUGAGCAGCCAUAAAAUUGCAGCCUCUGCCCUGCAGUGUUUAUCCACAACCCAAACUUGCAGUGUGAUGCAAGUGCGGUUUCUGUCCCACAGAACAGCACAAGCAGGCACCCUGGGGUGAGAAGCCACAAAAGAACAUUCUCUGUUCUGCAGACCUGAGGCACAACACAAAGCUGCAGUGUAGCAAGAAGACUUACAUGAAAGCGAAGCCAUACAAGUGCAACCUCUGUGCUGCGCAAUUCAUAUGGAGCAGGAACAAAGUUAGAGAAGCUGCUGCUAGAGCUAGUUCAGCCAGAGCACGAACUUGUGGCUUAACGUGUAGCCAGGACACACUUGGGAUAGUGACCAUAGAAGUGCGCAGGGACCAAGUACACUUGAAAGAGUGCCAGUGCUGUGGUG